GACAUUUCACGACGGGGGGAGGUGCUGUACGUCCAAGAUGGCGGCGCCCUGUAGGCUGGAGGAGCUGUGAGUGACCAUGAAAGACACCAGGUUGACAGCACUGGAAACUGAAGUACCAAUUGUCCCCAGAACAGUCUGGUAGUGGCACCAAUGAAGAGCCUUCAAAGUCUUUAACACACAUCCUGGACCCAGCACAGCGCAUUCGUGUAAGAUAAUGGCCCAACAAGCAAAUAUUGGGGAGCUCCUCUCCAUGUUGGAUUCCCCCAUGCUGAGUGUGCGUGAUGAUGUAACAGCUGUCUUUAAAGAGAACCUCAAUUCUGACCGUGGUCCGAUGCUUGUGAACACCUUGGUGGAUUAUUACCUGGAAACCAAUUCUCAGCCUGUAUUGCACAUCCUGACUACCUUGCAAGAGCCACAUGAUAAGCACCUCUUGGACAAAAUGAAUGAAUACGUGGGCAAAGCCACCUCUCGGUUAUCCACCCUCUCGUUACUGGGCCACGUUGUGAGGCUGCAGCCGUCUUGGAAACAUAAGCUCUCUCAAGCACCUCUUUUGCCUUCUUUACUAAAAUGUCUCAAGGUGGACACCGACGCCAUUGUCCUCACAACAGGGGCCUUAGUGUUGGUAACCGUGCUACCGAUGAUUCCACAGUCGGGGAAGCAGCACCUUCGUGAUUUCUUUGAUAUUUUUGGCCGUCUUUCGUCAUGGUGCCUGAAGAAACCAGGCCACGUAACGGAAAUCUAUCUCGUCCACCUCCAUGCCAGCGUUUACGCUCUCUUCCAUCGCCUGUAUGGGAUGUACCCUUGCAACUUUGUCUCCUUCCUACGUUCUCACUACAGUAUGAAGGAGAACCUGGAGACUUUUGAAGAGGUGGUCAAGCCAAUGAUGGAGCAUGUGCGAAUUCACCCAGAAUUAGUGACUGGAUCCAAGGACCAUGAACUGGACCCUCGAAGGUGGAAGAGAUUAGAAACACAUGAUGUUGUCAUAGAAUGUGCCAAAAUCUCUCUGGACCCUACAGAAGCCUCAUAUGAAGAUGGCUAUUCUGUGUCUCACCAAAUCUCAGCCCGUUUUCCUCAUCGUUCAGCCGAUGUCACCGCCAGCUCUUAUGUUGACACACAGAAUAGCUAUGGCAGUGCUACUUCUACCCCUCACUCCACUUCUCGGCUGAUGUUGUUAAACACGCCAGGGCAGCUACCUCAGACUCUGAGUUCCCUGUCGACACGGCUGUUAACUGAGCCGCCACAAGCUACUCUUUGGAGCCCAUCUGUGGUUUGUGGGAUGACCACUCCUCCAACUUCUCCUGGAAAUGUCCCGCCUGAUUUGUCACACCCUUACAGUAAAGUCUUUGGUACAGCGGGUAGAAAAGGAACUCCUCUGGGAACCCCUGCAACCUCUCCUCCUCCAGCCCCACCCUGCCAUUCGGAUGACUACGUGCACACUUCACUCCCGCAGGCCAUGGCCACAGCCCCCAAGAAGGAAGAGAGAACAGAUUCUGCAAGGCCCUGUCUACAUAGACAGCACCAUCUUCCGAAUGACAGAGGAUUAGAAGAGCUACCUGGGAGCAAAGGGUCUGUCACUCUCAGUGAUCUUCCAGGGUUUUUAGGUGACCUGGCUUCUGAAGAAGACAGUAUUGAAAAAGAUAAAGAAGAAGCGGCAAUAUCUAAAGAACUCUCUGAGAUCACAACAGCCGACGCCGAGCCCCUAGCUCCUCGCGGAGGCUUUGACUCUCCCUUCUACCGGGACAGUCUCCCGGGCUGCCCGCGGAAGACCCACUCAGCCGUCUCCAGUGCCCAGGGCACCGGUGCGAACCCUGAGCCUCUGAACUCCGCCCUGGACAGGCUGGGGCCUGACACCCCAAAGCAAGCCUUUACCCCCAUAGACCUGCCCUGCGGAGGCGCCGAGGAGAGCCCUGCCGGGGACAGAGAGCGCCAGGCCUCUCUGGAGAGCAGCAUCCUCACUCCCAGCCCUUUUAAAAUUCCACCUCAGAGGGGAGUGGGGUUUGGCGGUGGGCAACCUCCCCCAUACGAUCAUCUUUUUGAGGUGGCACUGCCAAAGACUGCCCGUCAUUUUGUCAGCAAGAAGACGGAGGGACUGCUAAAGAAAGCAAAAGGGAACACGGAGGAGGACUUCAUGCCCUCUGCCUCCCCCAUGGAAGUGCUGGACAGACUGAUACAGCAAGGGGCAGACGCGCACAGCAAGGAGCUCAACAGGUUGUCUUUACCCAGCAAGUCUGUCGACUGGACCCACUUCGGAGGCUCCGCUCCCUCAGAUGAGACCCGCUCCCUCCGUAACCAGUUGCUUUUACUGCACAACCAGUUACUCUAUGAGCGUUUUAAGAGGCAGCAGCACGCGCUUCGGAACAGGCGGCUCCUGCGCAAGGUGACCAGGGCAGCCGCUCUGGAGGAGCACAACGCUGCCAUGAAAGACCAGUUGAAGUUACAAGAGAAGGACAUCCAGAUAUGGAAGGUUAGUCUGCAGAAAGAACAAGCCAGAUACAGUCAGCUUCAGGAGCAGCGAGACACGGUGGUCACCCAGCUCCACAGCCAGAUCAGACAGCUUCAGCAUGACCGGGAGGAGUUCUACAACCAGAGCCAGGAGUUACAGACGAAGCUGGAGGACUGCAGGAACAUGAUCGCGGAGCUGCGCAUAGAGCUGAAGAAGGCCAACAGCAAGGUGUGCCACACCGAGCUGCUGCUCAGCCAGGUGUCUCAGAAGCUCUCAAAUAGUGAGUCGGUCCAACAGCAGAUGGAGUUCUUGAACAGGCAGCUGUUGGUUCUCGGGGAAGUCAACGAGCUGUAUUUGGAACAACUGCAGAACAAGCAUUCAGACACCACAAAGGAAGUAGAAAUGAUGAAAACUGCAUAUCGGAAAGAACUAGAAAAAAACAGAAGCCAUGUUCUCCAGCAGAAUCAGAGGCUGGAUACUGCUCAAAAACGGAUUUUGGAACUGGAAUCUCAUCUAGCCAAGAAAGACCACCUUCUUUUGGAACAGAAAAAAUAUUUAGAGGAUGUCAAACUCCAGGCAAGAGGACAGCUGCAGGCCGCAGAGAGCAGGUAUGAAGCUCAGAAGAGGAUCACCCAAGUGUUUGAAUUGGAGAUCUUAGAUUUAUACGGCAGGUUGGAGAAGGAUGGCCUCCUGAAAAAACUUGAAGAAGAAAAAACAGAAGCAGCCGAAGCGGCGGAAGAAAGGCUCGACUGUUGUCGUGACGGCUGCUCGGAUUCUGUGACAGGGCACAACAAUGAAGAGGCAUCUGGCCCUAACGGGGAGACCAAGCCCCCCAGGCCCGGCGGCGCCCGGGGCGGUAGCGGAAGUAGAGGAGGCGGAGGCGGCAGCAGCAGCAGCAGCAGCAGCGGCGGCAGUGAGCUUUCUACCCCAGAGAAACCCCCAAACCCGAGGGUGGGCCCAUGCAGCAGUCGGUGGGAGACUGCCGUGGGAGAGCCCACUACGGGCAUCCCUAUGACUGUCGGCUCACUUCCUAGUUCAAAAAGCUUCCUGGGCAUGAAGGCUCGAGAGCUAUUUCGUAAUAAGAGUGAGAGCCAGUGCGAUGAGGACAGCCUGACCAGCAGUAGCCUUUCUGAGACCCUAAAGACAGAGCUGGGCAAAGACUCGGGUGUGGAAGCCAAGCCACCCCUGAACCUAGACGGCCCGCAGCCACCUCCCCCAAAGCCAGACAGCGUGGGACAGCUCCGUAUCAUGGACUACAAUGAGGCGCAGCACGAGCACAGCUAGGGACGGUGUCAAUCAGUGUUAACUUGUGUAUCGCCGGCCUGGAACGGGAGGCGCGAGUGCCCGUUUCAGAGCUUUCCUGUUUCCAGGCGUUGAGGGGCUAUAGCUCCCGCAGAGGAAAUGGGAUGGGGGUCCUUUGACGGUUGACUGAAUGCAGAACGGUUUUUGCAUCUGGCAUUGAAAUGCCUCUUCGGUUUCCCUUCGGCCACCCUCUCUUUCAUUUACCUGGCAGCGUGUACUAACCCGAGGGCCAGGGUGCGUUCCUCACUAGCUUUAUUUUCUUCCUUUUCCCCCCAAAUCGUUGUGUCCUUUGAACCUGUGCAAUAUGAGGCCAAAUGUAAUCCUGGAGUCUAACACACCACCCGCUCCUUUCCUGAAGCUCAGUUAGCUGGGCGGGCUCUCUGUGAGCCCAGGUCAUUGUUGGCAUCACAGGUAAGUCUGGUUUUGUCCCUUUCCAGGAGGAUGUGACAUGCAAAGUUGAUCAUCUUCACAUGAGAGCUUUUACAUGAGAUGUUGUCACUGCUUUUGGUUCUAACAUCCAUCAUCUAAAGCCGCAGAUCCAGAAAAACGAUGGUUUAUUCUCUCUUAAGUUCUUUUGGCGGUUCUGAUAAGCUUCCUAGAAAGUUCCAUGUGAACAAAGGUCUGUUGUUGGAAAAGUCUGGAGCUGGCACUGUGGAGACCAUGCUCCCCUUCGGGAACGCUCUGUCCCCCUGCCCCACUACCUCUUGCCUAUGUGGCGUUUGCUUGAAAGCUGGUACUGUUCUGAUUACAGGCUGGGGUGUGGGUGGUCAGGCGUGCUCUCUGCAGGAGGGAGGAUGGUGGCUGGAGCAGCUCCCUGAAAAGGAAAGUGCGGGGAUGAGGACCUGCCCCUGCAGGCGGGGCGGUGCUAGCUGUUUGCCUCUCUUCCCUGUCCCAUGUGCCUCCUGUUUACGUCAGCUUCUCUGGGAUGCUGCAGCAGAAAGGCUCUGAAGGUCCAAAGAGUUUCUUCAAAGUUUUACGACCAUCGUGUCUCAGGCUGUGAGAGUUGCCUCGCUAUAGUAGAUUCUAGGCCACCAAAAAGGUAACAGCUUUUUCACACCAAUGCUGACUUUCAGGGGCCGACCCUGCAGGGGGCUUGAUGCUGCUGCCCUUGCACAUGUUGGUCAUGGCAGAGCAUUAAAGCAGAGUCCUGGAGAGGGUUGACAGAGCUGGCUGCCUGGACCCAGUGGGCUGCCUGCACAUGCUCGGGAGAGGUGACGCAAGUCAGAACAUGGGUCGUGGCAGAGAAUCUGAACUCAGCAGGUGCUCCUGAAGUGAAUGCUAGAAGCCUAAGAAUUGUUGCCUGGUGAUCCAGCCGAGGCUGAGGCAGGGGGAGACUGGUAGGAAAGAGCCAGUGAACUUGGCUUUUUUCUUUCUCAUCUUUCAGUUAAAAGUGUAGAAGGGUUCAUCCAUGAAGAGGGAAACGGCAAACUGAAAUGGUACGAAACUUUAGUGCGUAUGGAAGCUUCCAGCACAUGAGGGUUAAAGUCUGUUUUUUAAAGUGUGGCAAUAAAUAUUCUAGCCUCCUAAAUAACCAAAGGGAGCUAGAGAAUGAGGCUCCACGUCACCAUGGCUGUACUGGCAGACCACCUCCUUGGGACAGGAUUUCUGGGUGUGACUGAUGGAUCCCUGCUUGAGGAAGGGUGUGUGCCCGACUGCUCCAGCCCAGCGCGGGGCCAGCAAUUGCCGCUGGAUGCCUGAUGUGGAGUAUUAAUGACACCAUGGAUGUUUAAUUCAGCUUUUUCCAAAGGAAAGCUUAAAAUCCAAUACGUUCUGGUUUCCUAUUACAGUUUUAUUUAGAAAAGGAAAACGUGAACAAAUCCAGGAAAAGAAAAGUUACAAGGUAACUAUUAAAACUGUUUCUAAAUGCUUAUCCCCUCCCCAAGCCCAGGAGAUCUGUGCCACAGAACAAAGGUACCAGGCACUUAAAUCAAAGCCUUUACCCUAACUGCAAAAGCAAGGAGGCCAAUGUAAAGAAAGGAGAACAUUUUUUUAAUGGACAGAUUGUAAAAAUACAGGGAAGAAGGAGGCAGCGUGGUAAAGUGGACUGGGGCCCCGGGCUGGAGGCCCUUGGCAUACUCCUCCUGCCAGGGCAUGCGUUUGCUCAGCUUCAUAACCGUGGCCGACCCCAGCAGCUGCACGCAGCUUCCUCUGGGCUCUAGGAGGCCAUGAAUUUUAUUCAGCCACGGCUGGGGGAUGGAGGCCUGGAGUCAUGCUGAAGUUACCCAGCCUGAACAUUUAGGCUUCUAUAUUGCAGAGGACUUGAGUCAAUAGUAAAUCGAUAGUAAAGUUUGGUUUGGUUUUGAAAAUGAUAGACUUGCCAAGAGUCAGCGGGUCAGUCGAUUAUGCUGCAGUGAGUAUUUUUAAGGAUGGAAAGGUGAUAGUGGUAGAGGAACUCCCGAGAGAGAAUUCAGGCCUGGGAACAGGCAGGGCAAAGGCAGUAGAACAGUCACAUUCAAGGCAGAGCCUGUAUUCACAGACGUUAGGGUUAACCUCCACCGGAGUCGCUUGGAGCAGGCUUGCCUCCGCUUCAGAGCUGUUUGGCCAAAAGUGUCCAUAACCUGUUCCGCUCAGCACUUGACACUAACCAGGGUCAGCGUAGACCCUGAGAGAAGAUUGGAGUCUGCUUCUUGGGAGUCUUGGGAGCGUGAACCCUUGUUUUAAAAGGGAGCACUGCAGCAUCGUUGCGGAGGGCGGGAGGGGAGAUGAUAGCAUGGUCUCCAUAGAGAGAAUGGGCUCCUGAAUCUACUACAGGUAGGUAAGUACAUGAAUCUCUAUCAGACAGAGCUUUCACGGAUUUUAAAAGCUUUUGACAAGGUUCUGUCACAAGUCUAUGAAAUUUGUCACUGUGGAAUUGGAAGAAAUAUCUGGUCAUGAAUAAGAAAACUAACUGAAAUCCAAAGGUAGGAGAUGAAGACCAUUUCUUGGGUCAGAGGUUUCCUUGGAGAUGAGUGCUGGGACCAACCAUAUAAGGUGGAUGGGUAGAUGUGACCUCCCUAGGCUUGUCAGCAGGGUUUUUCAGGAGGGAGAACUGCCCAACCUUUGGGAAUAAGCUGCUGAAGGUUCCUAUUAGGCUCUGUGAGUGGAGAGAGAAGUGAUAGAUAAGCUGCUUUGUGAGCCAGAAUAUAUGUCAUGUGUUUAGGUGGAAAUAGUCCAAACUCUUCUUAAAAGGUAAACUGUUACAAUCCAGGGAAGUGUCCUGGAAGCCACUGACAGUUGGAAAGAUUAGCCCACCGUGCCACCAUGGCCACAGAGGCCGGCUUCCCACUGGGCAAAACCAGGACAGUGGGAAACAAAACUCCAGACCUGGGCCGUCCCCAUUUGCAACAGCACAUGUAGUUUCCAGUGUUUUUGUUGAGAAAGAUAAAACUCUAGUAGUUUUGUAAAGAGGAUAAAUAAGAUGAUCAUGAUGAUGAGAGAGGGUCCGUGGAGACCACAGAUGUUCAGACUCACGGUUAAGAGUAAAAAAUUGGUGUUUCUGUGUAGAGAAUAUAACAAAAGUGCUAUGACCAGUCAAUGUGAAUUUUCACCAAAUACUAGAACAUACCACUUGAAGCCAGAAAGAAAUAACUGAAGAACAAGUGAAAGACAGUACUACGUGGAGAUGCGGUUUUUCUAACCAAAAGCAGUAAGAGGUGUUAGAAAGUGUGGACAGGUCUAAGGAGGGUUUGGGCAGAGUGAAGACUCAGUCCAGAGCUGCUCUCGAGGUGGAGUGCCACCCACCUUGUGCGGAUGCUCUGAGAGGCCGCCGUCUCCUCAGAGUGGCUCCGGGAGCAGCCCGAGCCCACCCAGAAGUGUGCGUCUCGCGUGGGGAAGAAAGCUGUCUUUCGUGGAAUGACCCAAAUCGGCACGUCUCACUCUGGGCAUUUUCACUGUUCGAGGUACGUGCGUUAAAAUUGACCAGCCACGAGUAUGCGAAGAUGUUUGCGUAUCUGUUUACAUCCAGAGUUCUCUGACAUGUGCCCUUGCCCUCCCCCAGACCACAACAGAGGAAUUGAUUGCACUUGAUUAAGCUUUUCUUUAUAGAUGAAAGAACACAUUGAGGUUGGGGCCUGGCCCCCGGGCUGCUGCUGUGACCCUUGUCCCCACGUGGCUCAUUUCCCCGUCCGUGACUCUGAUGUGCCCGGGGGAGUGGUGUUUCCGUCUUCUCCACUCCGUCCUGCAGUCUGUAUGUGCCGCCCUGAGAGAAGAUGGUUGUAGCUACAAGGGGAACCUGCCUGCGAUAGUCGAGCACCUGGGCCCACGACGGCUUCUGGCCUUGAAACGAGUUAACGAAGGCAGAGGAGCUUUCUCUCCCCCUUCCCGUCCCGGUGCCACAAAAUUGUCCAUCCUCGGGGAUAAGUAGACUAGUUGAACCAUUGGAGUAGACCUUUUAGAGGAGACCCUUCCCCCCCAGGCCAACCCCUCCUCCCUCUCCCCACCUUGAUACAGUGUUUGGACAGGAGGGUACGGCGCUGCUCUUGGCGGCAGAAACUUUGGCUUAUUGAAGAGGCAGCCAGGCAUUUUGCACUAGGAAGAAUCAGUGAUCACUUUUCAGAAGACGUCUAUGGACCAUAAAUACAUUAUGGAGGAACAGAUUUUGCUAAGACAUAAUCUAGUUUUGUAACUCAAUCAUGGAUCAACCAUAUGUGGCUGACUUGCAGUUUAAAGGGGUCCCAUCACUGAAAAACAGAUUUUUUUUGGCUGACUGCUUUUAGCUAAAUUUAAGGAAGUCAUCUCUUGUCAAAAGGUUUACACCUUCCCGUCUUGAUCUUAAAAGCAUGUCAAACAAUCCACAUCAGAUGCCAUAAAUGCGAACUGCAAGAGGAAAUGGUACAAUCUUAGUGAAUGGGAAUUGGAAUCAAAAGGGUUUGCUGUCCUUCUUAGAAUGUUCUAAAAUGUCAAGGCAGUUGCUUGUGUUUAACUGUGAACAAAUAAAAAUUUAUUGUUUUGCACUA